UCCUUACUUUUGUUCACGCUGGACGAUACUUCCCGUUCCUGUCCUAUUUAGAGACAUACCAAGGACUCGUGAACUGUGAAGCAGUUUUGAUGUGAACUCUCUUGUCUGUUGGUUUCAGGCUGCAGUAGUGACAGGACUUGCUGUGUUCGGUAUCCUACUGCUACGUGACCAAGAGGAUCUGCAGGUUCAAAGGCUCUUUCGGAGAAUCAAAUGCUUGCCUUAACUUUUCUGAACGUUUUACUGGCCAUCGCACCUCUUAUCUAUCAUGGACUCGGCAAACCUUCCCCUCACAACGUGUAUCCAAGUGACUGGAUAAGUAACGAAGGGAACAGCGGGAGGAAUGAAAGAAGGAAGGAAGUCGGAUAUCACGACGAAGAAGGCUGGGUCAUCAUAGGCCCUCAGGAUGUUACGAGGGAUAGAGAGAGAUAUGACGACAGCAGGAGGAGGGAUGGUUAUCACGAUGAGUGGAGAUACGGUGACAGUAGAUACGACUGGGAGAGCGCCGUCACCUACAAGAACAGGACUGGGGGUCGUUACGGCGACGGGAGGUAUACCACGUACUACAACAACCAAAAUAACUAUGACCGUGGACUCAACUGGAACUACGGGAACGGUUACUAUGACAGUCUGUCGACCACCACUGUUCCCUUCAAGUACGAUUGGAGGUACUACAACGGCAGUGUCGACCAGGAUAACAAGCCGAUAGAGGGCAAAAAUGCCAACAUCCAGUCUAGCACUUACGUCAUAGGGCAGGACUGGUGGUCCAGAGCCAAUAGCGAUACCAGGUGGGACAACAUGACGGGAGAUCUGUGGAGGGAUCCUAGGGGUCCUGCCGCUAAUCUGACUACUACUACUACAACUACUACAACGCCCAAACCUAAUGCCACAACUACUCCGGCUCCGUGAGCGCUGAAUAAUCGCAUUGAAGACAUUACAGGUUUUGGAUGAAUACAGAAAUAUAUAAGUUUUUAAGUAAAUGUAUUGAAACAGCACUUGGAUGCAUACAAUGCAAAAAAAAAAGAAGAAACUGAAUAGAAAAGUGACUUGGUAAUAGCAGUGAUAUGAGCUCAGAUUUUGAAUGAACACAAUAUAUGAAAUAACGAGGGAAGUUAUUUCGAAACAGCAGUGGUAGUGGGUGUAGUAGUGGAUCGAGUUGAAGGAAGACUGUAGAAACAUUAUAGUGCCUACAUAACUUCAAAACAGAAAUAUGAGAAUGGUCUAAGAAAUAUCAGUCACAUUUGAAAACCUGCUUAGGAGAUGUAGCAAUCACCAAAUGAAUGCUACAUCUAGAUAAUGUUAGUAUUACUGACCACAUGAGGAAGUGCAACGGAGAAGUAUCAUCUGGACGAGAAAAUGAAGUCGAAAAACCCCCCACAAAUAAUAGACAAAAGAAAAAAAAAAAAAAAAAAACGAGGAAGAGCAAUUUGGGCGUUAUUAUCAAACAGUAACUAGUUAUGUAUAUGUAUAACACACGUAAGUUGCAAUGCUUUUCCAGGCACGCGCAUCUAAUAAUCUCAAAAACAUAUUUGUAAUUUAUUAGAAAAAAAUUUAGCAGUUAAAGUUCAAUUUUCAAACUACCAGCCAAAAUGUAAAUUAAUAAAUUCCUAACCUUUGUGUACAAGGGGAAUGAAAGUGAAUUUUCUUGGUUUUAAAAAUAACAAAAAUGAACACUACAAAAUAGACACGAGUUAUAAUCUUAAACCAAUAUUCUUAAUGUAUAUAACUGAAAAAAACAAGAGCAGCAGGCGUGUUACUAAUUUAUGUAUCCUGUAGAGAACUUCGCAAGUUAAUCCUUAUUGUUGCAAGCCACUUUGUAAGUAACAGAGUUUUAAAUGAUCUUCUUGAAAAAAAAGGAAAUAAUAACUUUUUGCUUGAAGGUCGUCCGUAGAAAUGAUAGCUUCAACCAGCGAACAAAUUUAUUCGAUAAACACGCGAAUUUAAAAUUAGGAAAAUGCUUUUAUUGAAACCAGUACACACACACACACACACACACACACACACACACAUAUAUAUAUAUA